UCUGAGUAAGCCAUGACGAAAGUGGAUGAAAGAAACUUCUGAACUGACGUGUGUAAGACUUCCGUUCAUAUACAUGCUUCCGACUUGAAAGAUGUGAAGUUGCCAGCUCUUGUCCCAAGUAGACCUCAAUCGGAGUCGAAUACGAUUGGACAAACUUCACAGGCGCACAGUACUGGCGGAGGAAGAAACCUGAAGCAAUAUAUUCGGUACCACAAAGUCCGCUACAGUACUAUUUAAAGGUGUUGGGUAAGGAUGAGGAACAGACAAAGGGGAGGCAACCUGGGCCUGCUGCUGCUGGCCUCUCAAAUAUUCCAGAUGGGGGUGAACAACAUCCCCCCUGUGACCCUUGCGGCACUGGGGCUUAACGUCUACCUGUUCCUGUUCCCGCUGACGCCCCUGCUGCAGGCGUGUGUCAGUGUGGAGACCUGCCGGGGCGGGGACUGGCGCCGCCUCCUGCUCUCCCCCCUGCACCAUGCAGACGACUGGCACCUGUACUACAACAUGGUGUCCCUGCUGUGGAAGGGUACGCGGCUGGAGCAGCGGCUGGGCGGGGCCUGGUUUGCCUACAUCCUGACGGUCUUCUCCUUGCUCACGGGGGUGGUCUAUCUGCUGCUGCAGUGGGCCCUCUCGGAGCUCACCCACGACUUCUCCUACAACAUGCAGUGUGCAGUGGGCUUCUCAGGAGUGCUGUUUGGUCUAAAGGUCGUGAAUAACUAUUACUACCCGGGUGGAGUGACUAACGUGAUGGGCAUGCCGGUGUCCAAUAAGUUUGCUUGUUGGGCAGAGCUGAUCCUGAUCCAUGUGAUGUCACCAGGGACCUCAUUUGUGGGACACCUGGCUGGUAUUCUUGUGGGGCUUCUCUACACCCAUGGUCCUCUGAAGUCUGUCAUGAAAACAUGUGCAGGGUUUUUGAUGGGUGGAUCAAAUGGAUACACUACAGGACAAAGAACUUACUACAGUUCCUCAGGAUUCAGUGGUUACAACGGGACCCAUGGGAAUUUUCCCUAUGCCCAGAAUUGGCGCUCCCAGGCUGACCCAAAUCUGCACCCCUACACUGCUGGCCUGUCAGAAGAUGAGCAGUAUGAGGCUGCCAUUAGGGCCAGUUUGAGAGACAGAGGGCGCGCCACUCAAGCUAGACCAGCGUAUGGGUUUAACAUCCCACCAGAGCCAGGGAGUAUGGAGGAGCUCCGACAGCACAGACUGCAGAGAUUUGCCCGCUGAGGUGUGGCACCUGUUUGAGAGGAAUCGACCACCGGGACACAACGUCAUCGGAUAUUCAUCAGGAUGAGUUUGGGCUGGAAAGGGUUAAUGCUGUAAGCUUUGCUGUUCUAUUCAGAUUUGAAAUUUUUUGAUGUGUUCAGUCUGACUGGCAGGGGUACAGUCUCCAUAGCAACAUAAGAGGGAUUUUGUCUUUGGGACAGGCUUUAAACAGGAACUUUUUUAGCUCUUGUUUCUCAGUUGGAACAGUAGCCAGUGUUUGUGCACAUUUGUAUUUAUGUUACUGUUAACAUCUUUUGGAACAAACCCAGUUUCAGCCAAUCUCACUCUGAUAGCAAUUGAUAAAAUGAAUUGCUCACUUUUAAAAUCUGUGCCAUAUACCAUUUUCUUCUCAUAUUUUCUACAAAAAAGCAACCUGUCCAGUUUUCUGUUAAGUGUGUUGGACACAUAUUCCAUGUAACCGAGAGACUGCAAAGCAGGUAAGGACAGCAGUGACUGUUUACAUCUUACACUGAUGGAUUGAGCCCCUGAACCCCCUGAACAUCUGCUCUCAAGGCUUCACUUGGUGGACCUCAUGAAUGUAAAGAUGUAACAUGACCUCCUUCCACCAGAGAGUGUUGCUGGAGAACCAACACUAGUGAGCCAAGAAGGGAGGUAUGCUUUUAUGUUAAGUUCUUUGUUGUUAGUAAAGGAGGGACAUUUGCAGAUCUCAAAAAUGUUAAAUUAUUAAGAGAUAUAAUGUCA